GAAUGCACGCUCGUUUUGCACUAGCAUUCCUGCCUCCUCCUAGACAUCACAUCCGGGUCACUCGGCAGUCAGCGUGUAAGCGAGCGUGCUCCUCCAUACAGUUGCGUACUGCUGCUGCAGCUCUCAGCGCAACUCCACUGUAUGCAACAUGGACACUACGAGCAGCGGCCAGCCGCGGAGGAUCUGAGCGCGCCUCGGGACUCGCGAUACGCCACACCGGGGCAGGGAUGAGGUGCCAUCCAGCAGCCGAACACUGGUAGGCGAGUCGUCAAUUGUCAGCGAUGUCAAAGAGUCUGAAGAAGAAGAACCACUGGACGAACAAAGUCCACGAAGCGGUGCUCACCAGGAAUAAGGAGGGCGAGCUGGGGUUCGACUUGAAAGGGGGCGCCGAGAACGGCAAUUUCCCUUAUUUUGGGGAGGUGAAGCAGGGUAAGGUUGCCAUCCAGAGCGGCAAGCUGUCCCAGGACGAGCUGCUCUUGGAGGUCAACGAUACACCGGUGGCGGGGCUCACCAUCAGGGAUGUGCUGGCCGUGAUCAAGCACUGCAAAGACCCGUUCCGGCUGAAGUGCGUAAAGCAAGGAGGUGUUGUGGAUAAAGAUCUCCGGCAUUAUCUCAACCUACGGUUCCAGAAGGGUUCAGUGGACCACGAGCUUCAACAAAUAAUACGUGACAACCUCUACCUCCGGACUGUGCCGUGCACAACGAGACAGCCCAAAGAGGGGGAGGUCCCAGGUGUGGACUACAACUUUGUGAGCGUUGAGCGGUUUAUGGAAUUAGAGAAAAGUGGGGCUUUGUUAGAAAGUGGAACAUACGAAGAUAACUUCUAUGGCACGCCAAAGCCUCCUGCCGAACCCACGCCGAUGCUGUUUAAUGUGACGGACCAACUCUUGCCCGGUGCCCGACCCAGUGCAGAGGGAAAAAGGAAGAGGAAUAAGUCUGUCAGCAACAUGGAGAAGGACAGCAUUGAGCCACCAGAAGAGGAGGAGGAAGAGAGCCCAGUCGUCAAUGGCAACGGCAUCGCCAUCACACCAGAAUCGAGUGAACACGAGGACAAGAGCACUGACGCUUCUGAAGAUGUGCCUGUCCAGCCGUGCCCACCCGAGACCCCCACCCUCACCGCCACAGAUGCCCCUGAGGAGGAAGGCGACGCCCCCAAGUCCCCACAGGACUCCCAGGAGAAUGACGAAAUGGGCCCUUUGCCAGAUAACUGGGAGAUGGCCUACACUGAGAAAGGAGAAGUUUACUUCAUAGAUCACAAUACCAAAACGACGUCAUGGCUCGACCCUCGACUAGCAAAGAAAGCCAAGCCCCCAGAGGAGUGUGAGGAAGAUGAACUUCCAUAUGGCUGGGAGAAAAUAGAUGACCCUAUUUAUGGCAGUUACUAUGUUGACCACAUUAACAGAAGGACACAGUUUGAGAACCCCGUCCUAGAGGCCAAACGAAGGAUGCAACAGCAACAGCAAAUGCAAAGUCAAGGCCUAUCGGCGCUGCCAUUGCCCACAAUAUAUAGAGAAAAGCCUCCAUUCACGAGGGACGCCACACAACUCAAAGGGACGUUCCUCACCACGGUGCUACAGAAGAGCAACAUGGGAUUCGGCUUCACCAUCAUUGGUGGGGACGAGCCGGACGAGUUCCUACAGGUCAAGAGCGUCAUACCUGAGGGACCUGCAGCCAAAGAUGGCAAGAUGGACACAGGUGAUGUGAUCGUCUACGUCAAUGACAUCUGUGUUUUGGGCACCACCCAUGCUGAUGUGGUGAAGCUUUUCCAGUCCGUCCCCAUUGGGCAGAGUGUCACCCUGGUGCUGUGUCGAGGUUACCCUCUCCCUUAUGACCCAGAAGACCCCUCCGCUAGUUCCUCCAUGCCCCCUUUGGGCCUAGUGGAUCACCCGUUGCUGCUCAAUGGAAGGAACAACUAUGAAAAUUACAUGGAGUACAUGUCUUUGACUGGACGCUUAGUACCCGAGCAUGGUGAGGGCCUUACCUCGCAUCCCCAUCCUGGAGACACACACCUGGAUGGCUCUCAGCCUCCAUCCCUGACCACACCGGGACUCCCACCCGAUGACAGCGUCUCCAUGGCGUCAUCCUCAGGCGCAACCACCGGCGCUCAAGUGGCCCCUGAACUUCUGAGUCUCACUAUAACCAAAGGCACAGAGGGUUUUGGGUUCACCAUCGCCGACAGUCCCACAGGGCAAAGAGUCAAACAGGUUCUGGAGCCGCAGGGUUGUCCGGGGUUAUGUGAAGGAGAUUUGAUGGUGGAGAUUAAUCAGAAGGGUCUCCAAGGACUCAACCACACACAGGUAGUGCAGCUGCUCAAGGACUGUGCAGUGGGAACAGAGGCUACGCUUGUCAUUCAGAGAGGAGCAGCAGCAGGCCUCUACACACCCUGGGAUCCCACAAAACAGUGGGACACUCAAGGAAGCCCCCAGACCAGCUUGUCGGCUGCUUUGCUCCCCCACGGUGCCCCUCAUCCCGGCCAGACGCUCCAUCGCUCCUCUGUUCCGGACACAGAGCCCUUCCACCUGGGCAAGCCGGACCCCUACGACCUCUAUGAGAAGUCACGUGCCAUAUAUGAAAGCAGACAGCCAGUCCCUCCUCGGACACUGACAGACUCUACAGGUGUGGAGUAUCAGGAAGUGGAAGUGCACCUGCUGCGUGAGAAGACUGGCUUUGGCUUUAGGAUCCUGGGUGGAGACGAGGCGGUGCAGGCUGUGAGUCCGGAGGCCCGUGACAAGAUUGUGAUCGGAGCAAUCAUAGAGAACAGCCCUGCGGAGCGCGACGGCAGACUGCGUCCGGGAGAUGAGCUGGUCUCGGUUGACAGGAUGCCCGUGGCGGGGAGACCACACCGCUACGUCAUCGACCUCAUGCACGCGGCGGCACGAAGCGGACAGGUCACCCUGACCGUCAGGAGGAGAGUUCUGCCGCAGCAGGGCCACCCUUGUGAGGAAAACGGCGCAGCGGCCAAUCAGAGCAGUUCUCCCCAGGGUCAUGCCGUGUGCCCGGUCAACUUGCCCCCCACCACUGAUGUAGUUAUCCAUCGUAAGGAAAGCGAAGGCUUUGGCUUUGUCAUCAUCAGCUCCCUCAACCGUCCAGAGACCACGAACACAAUAACUGUGCCACAUAAGAUCGGCCGCAUCAUCGAGGGCAGUCCGGCUGAUCGCUGUGGGAAGCUGAAAGUUGGUGAUCGUAUUAUGGCUGUCAACUGUCAGUCAAUCAUCAACAUGCCUCACGCUGACAUUGUCAAGCUGAUCAAAGACGCUGGACUCACUGUCACCUUGCACAUCAUCCCUGAAGAAGACGUAAACGGUGCUCAUUCGGCCCCUACAUCAGAGAAGCAGAGUCCCAUGGUGACCCAGAAGCACAGCCCUCAGACUCAGUCCAGCCCAGCAGCCCAGCAGAGCCCGACCAUGGCUCAUCCCAGCCCACCAGCCCCCCACCCCAGCCGUGUGACUCAGACUGCUCCUGUUGUGGAUCCGGGCAUACCGGGAGUUCAGCCCACCUCCAUCGGAUCAGUGCCAGUCCCACCACAGCUGUACCUUCAUGACACCAGGUCGGAGGUAAAAGCCAGGCAGGAUGUUAAACCAGAUAUCUGCCAAGCUGCAUAUACAGACUACAGACAGCCUCCGGUGGACUACAGACAUCCUCCUGUAGCAGACUACAGACAGCCACCCACCAUUGAGUACAGACACCCACCUGCUCUCAUAGACUACAGACAGCACUCCAUCGCCGAUUACAGACCACAGGACUAUGACUAUUUCACUGUGGAUCUGGAGAAAAGUGUGAAGGGAUUUGGCUUUAGUAUCCGCGGAGGACGGGAAUAUAAGAUGGACCUGUUUGUGCUGAGACUGGCUGAGGAUGGACCUGCGAUCCGCAACGGCAGAAUGAGGGUUGGAGAUCAGAUUAUUGAAAUUAACGGUGAGAGUACGAGAGACAUGAGUCACACUCGUGCCAUUGAGCUCAUCAAGGCUGGCGGUCGUCGAGUACGUCUGCUGUUGAAAAGGGGCACGGGACAGGUGCCAGAAUAUGGAAUGGUACCUACCAACCUUACCAUGUGCAUGAAAAGCGACACUCUAGCCUCACCCUAUUUCUUCAUAAUGGGACACUCUAAAGACACGACAGUGCCGCCUCCCGGAGUGCUGUCUCUCCAGCCGCCCCUGCCUUGUCGGAAGUAGUCUCACCUCGCUAGCGUGACACUCGCCCUUCGCCGUCACCCGUCAUCUCAUCCAGCCUCAAACCCUGGACUUUCAGUGGCAUUCUGUGACAGUCUGGACCAAUCACAGCGCCCCUGGUGGUCAGUUUUGUGGGGCUUCGCCCACAGAACAAAGGGUGGCAGGUCCACCUGUAAGAGCUGUGCUUUGAACAGCCUAAAAAACAGAGGAGAUGGAUCAUAAAAGUCCAAAUUAUUAAGAACAGAUGGAGACACAUCAACCUCAAAUGGAUUGUCGCAUCCAACUUGCUUUUCAUAUAGUCUCUGAUCCAAGUUUGAUUUUCGUUUUUCCGGACGAUUCAGAUGAACGGCAGCCAAAGACGCGUGGCUCGCCCUCUUGCUGUUUAAUUCUGGAUCCAGAGCAGAAACUUCUCGCAGGGGAACGAGCCGAACUUUCAACGCCUCGUUCUUCCGUCCGGUGGACCCGAGCUCUCUUUAUUUGUUUAUCAUGUAGAGGUUGUUUAUUUUUUGUAUAAUUUCAAGAUGUUCAUACCAAACCCCUAAUGAUAUCGGGGGUCAAAUAUCGUAGCAUGAAAAGAGAUUUCUGAAGAAACACACAAACUCCUGAGUUGAGAACUUCAACGUUUCAGUAUUGCGUUUCGUUAUAUGUCUGAUGGGAAAAAGUCACCAUAGACAUUGUGAAACACUGACAGUAAAUAUAAAGGGAGACCGCCAUGACGGAGAUACAAGGGUAAGUAUCACGCCGACCCAUUCGGCCUGAAUUAUGAGAGGUAAAUGCAUAUCAAUCGCCAAAUCUGCCGCAUGGACGUAUCCCUUUAGAUCCCAAGAUGAUAUGUUACAUUAGUAUGGUUUAGUCAAUGAAUUCCACAACCAGCCAAACGUUCGGUUACAUCGCGAACUGAACCGAAGAAGGACUGCGGAUGUUUUUCGAAGCCUCAGUGUGUCAUUGGCCCUGUACUGUGCACCAGCACUGUGGAUUUGGGUUGCCAUCUUACACCUUACAAGCUUCAUUCCCAUGUCUCUGAUGGCUCAGUAGUUCAAGAAAACUAAUUAGCGGAGCUAAUUAAAAAAAAGAUGGUUUUUCAGGACAGUUUGGUCUGAGACCAGGAGACAUAGUCCUUCACCGUGUUCCAACCAAGUGCGACAUGACAAAUAAUUUGCCUGUUAGCUCCGAAUGUGAAAAUGCUGCAUGAUGCAACUAAAUCACAUCCACUCAGAACUUAUUUGAUAUGUAAUACACAGCAACGUGGGUUUUGGACCAAUAAGACAAUGGUGGGCGGGGCUACAUACAGAUAAAUGUGGGAUUUAGACCAAAACUAUAACUAUGGGUGGGCUACAUAUGGAUAAAUUUGGGAUUUGGACCAAUACUAUAAAUGUGACCCUGGACCACAA